AUCUGUAAACACUUAAUGUUUAGCAUUACGUCAACACAUGUAUAACACCUCAGCAUUUGAUAAACAUUUGAUGCAAUCAUUGGAAACAUAAGACAACAGACAGUGAAUGUGUGACUCAAUUGUUGUGACUUUCAUGUUUUACCGAAAAUGAUACGAAACAGAGGUCAGCCUCGGGCGCCGUCUUUUGCCAUACUUUUGCUAAUUCAUGAGUUAUUCCGUACGGCCACUACUUAUGGCAUACCGACGGUUACAUUGGCGACAAUUGUCUCACAAGUACUCAUUCAUCUUCAUAUAAUUCCGCUUCCGAUGUCCAGUGUUUGGGACGUUUGUCUCAGUUAUGAAUCGAUAGUUCAACAAAAACAAUACUUAAGACUAUUAUUAAGUCAAUUAACACACGGAGAUGAUUGGCAUCUCUAUUAUAAUAUGGUGUCAUUCUUAUGGAAGGGAAGAACUCUGGAGGUCAGACUUGGAUCAGUUAGAUUUGCCACAACUCUCAUUGUUUUCACUAUAUCGACAGCCUUUACAUAUGUGUUAACUAAUAGAUUGAUUGCUGAUGUGAUUGAAGAUCACUCAUAUCUAUAUCAUUGUUCAGUUGGCUUUUCAGGAGUUAUAUUUGCAUUAAAAGUUUUAACCACUCAUUAUAAUGACAAUAAUAUUUUGAAUUAUUUUGGAUUUAUACCGAUUGCGGCCAAAUAUGCCGUUUGGGCCGAACUUUUCUUUAUACAAAUGGUUUCACCAAACGCUUCAUUUGUUGGUCAUUUGGCCGGAAUUUUAGUCGGUUUUGCAUAUAUUUAUGGACCACUUUAUUACAUCAUUGAAUUGAUAACAAAUAUAUUUAAUGCUUUAGUUGGAAAUUCAAACACCAAUUAUCAAAGCUAUGAAAGAAGAGGUUAUUCUAACAAUACUUCCCAAAGAUAUACAACAAGCGGAAGAAGUGGAUACUCCAAUCAUACUGACAGUCAAUCGACAUUUCAAUCUAAUUACGCGACAUAUUCGCCGAGUGGUAUGUCUGAAGAGGAACAAUUAAGAAGAGCUUAUGAAGAGAGUAUCAAUGAUUAUCGACAAACAACAACACAACCCACAGCACCUCCAGAUCCAAAUGAAGAUAAUUUUCCACAGCAUUUAAAUCCGGAACAAUUGAGACAAUUAAGAUUAAGAAGAUAUCAAAAUUAA